ACUUAGUCAAUAUUAUUAUUAUUUGAAGUUUAAAUUAAAACAAAUAUUUCUUUGUAGAUGUGCAAGUACAAUAAUUUAUUCAUGUUGCGCAUUUUUUAAUAGUAAUGUAUUCGUUAUCUUAUUACGUGCUGCCGUCAAUUAUAAUAUUAAUUAUUAUAAGAAAAUAUCGAGAAACGAAAUGGGGCAAAUGUAAAAACAAAGUUAGAUUGGAUGGAAAAAUAGCUAUAGUUACAGGAGCUAAUUCUGGACUAGGUUUGGAAAUAGCAAAAGAACUAGCAGCUAGAAAUGCACAAGUCAUUCUUGCUUGCAGAAAUCUUGAAAAAGCAAAUACAGCAUGUGAAUACAUAAGGGGGACAUCAAAAAAUUCUAAAGUGAUGCUAAUUCCUAUGGAAUUAGAUUUAGCUUCCCUCUAUUCUAUAAAAAAUUUUGCAGAUAAGAUAAAAGAGCACUAUCAAGAAAUUAAUAUCUUGAUUAAUAACGCUGGGGUAGCUUUUCCCAAUACAAAAAGAGUAGAAACGAAGGAUGGGUUCGAGGUACAUUUUGGAGUAAAUCAUUUGGGUACUUUUUAUUUAACAAAUUUAUUGUUGGAACCUUUAUCGGCAUCCUCAGGAAAUAACGCUAGAGUUGUGGUAGUUGCUUCCUCCUUACAUGAAAAAGGAGUAGUAAAUGUCAAUGAUUUAAAUAGUUUACGGGUAACAAAGAAAACUAAUCUUUAUGCAAACUCAAAGUUAAUGAACAUAUAUUUUGCUCAAGAACUUUCCAGGAGAAUAAAAUCAAAGAAAAUAAAUGUUUACGCCUGUUGCCCUGGAUGGGUUUAUACGGCGCUGUUUAGGCAUUCGAUUAAAUGGUACCAUUACUUUUUAAUAGCACCUGUAGCCUUUUUCUUUAUGAGAAGUCCAAAGCAGGGAGUUCAAACUCCAGUGUACUGUGCUACGGAACCUGAACUUGAAACCGAAACAGGACUGUUAUAUAGAGACUGCAAGCGUUACAACAGUAAAGUCAUAUUUUACGACAAUAUUGCUACGAAACUUUGGGAAGAAUCAGAGUCGAUGAUAAAUAAGAUUAUUAAAAAGGAGCUGUAAGCUGUAAAAGUUAAUAUAGUAAAACUGUAAUUGCAUUGUAAUCAUUUAGUAUGUUGAAAUAGUGAAAUAAAACAUACAUUUUUUAAUU